AUGGAGAAGUCUCUACAAAGUUCCAAACUUGUGUUUCUAUUGGCAUUUGCUUUGGUCCUGUUUCUUAACACGGAGCUGAGCUUUCUUGCAUCUGUAUAUAUAGUGUAUCUUGGCGAAAGAGAACACGAUGAUCCCGAGCUUGUCACAGCUUCUCAUCAUCAAAUACUUGAAUCACUUCUUGAAAGCAAAGAAGACGCACAUAACUCAAUGAUCUAUAGCUAUCAACAUGGAUUCUCCGGUUUUGCGGCUCUUCUUACACCUUCACAAGCAAAGGAGAUAUUGGAGCAUCCAGCAGUAGUCCACGUUAUACCAAACCGGAUUCUGAAACUGAAAACCACAAGAACUUGGGAUCACCUUGGCCUCUCUCCAAUUCCAACUUCUUUUUCUUCAUCAUCAUCUAUGAAAGGUCUUCUUCAUGACACAAACAUGGGCAGUGAAGCAAUCAUCGGCGUGAUGGAUUCCGGGGUAUGGCCAGAGUCAAAGGUAUUCGACGAUCAAGGCCUUGGACCAAUACCUAAGCGUUGGAGAGGAAAAUGUGAAUCAGGAAAACAUUUUAACCCCAAAAUAUAUUGCAACAAGAAGCUAAUAGGAGCUAAGUACUACCUAAAAGGCAUGUUAGCCGAUAUGGGAGGAAAAUUGAACAAAACAGCAUUCCGCGAUUUCAAAUCCAACAGAGAUAUAGUCGGUCAUGGCACGCAUACAGCCACAAUAGCAGGUGGCUCAUUUGUCCCCAACGCGAGCUUCUAUGGUCUAGCCCGAGGAACUGUCCGAGGUGGUGCUCCUCGGGCCCGUAUAGCCUCCUACAAGGUGUGUUGGAACCUAAUACCACACGGAGGAUGCGCAUCUGCUGAUAUGUGGAAGGCUUUUGAUGAUGCUAUACAUGACGGGGUUGAUGUUUUGUCUGUCUCUAUUGGCGGGGAAGUUCCCGAGGAUUCCGAAGUCGAUAAGAUCGAGUUUUCCGCGGCGUUCCACGCGGUGGCUAAAGGGAUUCCGGUUGUGGCUGCAGCUGGUAACGAAGGGCCUGGUGCUCAGACUGUUGCCAAUGUUGCUCCUUGGCUCUUGACCGUUGCUGCAACUACUCUUGACCGGUCUUUUCCUACAAAGAUCACACUUGGCAAUAAACAAACCCUCUUUGCUGAAUCUCUGUUCACUGGACCGGAGAUUUCAACCGGUUUAGCUUACUUGGAUUCAAACAGUGAUGAUAAUGUUGAUGUGAAGGGGAAAACAGUUCUUGUAUUCGGUAGUGAGACUUCAAUUGCAGAGAAAGGUGUAGCAGGAGUCAUAUUUGCGCAAAAGCCCGAUGAUAUUCUUGCUCGAUGCAAUAAUAUACCGUGCAUUUUCACGGACUACGAGCUUGGAACCGACAUUUUACAAUACAUACGUACCACCAGAUCGCCCAAGGUGAGAAUCAGCGCCGCUACGACAUUAACGGGUCAACCUGCAACGACUAAGGUUGCUGGCUUCUCAUGUAGAGGGCCUAACUCGGUUUCACCAGCCAUUCUCAAGCCUGAUAUAGCAGCUCCGGGUGUGAGCAUACUAGCGGCACUAAGUCCGCUUGACCCAGAGGCACACGACGGAUUUGGACUCGAUACAGGGACAUCAAUGGCAACUCCUGUUGUUUCCGGAAUCAUAGCUCUCCUCAAGUCUCUACACCCUCAUUGGUCUCCUGCUGCAAUUAGAUCAGCUUUGGUCACAACAGCUUGGAGAACAAGUCCAUCUGGAGAACCCAUUUUUGCUCAAGGAUCAGACAAGAAGCUUGCAGAUCCAUUUGACUAUGGAGGAGGACUUGUAAACCCUGAGAAAGCUGCAAAGCCCGGACUUGUCUACGAUAUGGGGAUCAAAGAUUACAUCAACUACAUGUGUUCCGCGGGUUACAACGACUCCUCAAUCUCCCGUGUACUCGGUAAAAAGACGAAAUGCCAAACUCCUAAGCCAUCAAUUCUUGAUAUCAACUUACCUUCAAUCACUAUUCCAAAUCUUGAGAAUGAAGUCACACUCACAAGAACUGUAACCAACGUUGGACCCAUCAAAUCAGUCUAUAGAGCCGUGAUCGAACCUCCUCUCGGUAUAACUCUCACCGUGAACCCGACCACACUCGUGUUUAACUCUGCUGCUAAGAGAGUACUCACUUUCUCGGUUAAGGCUAAAACGAGUCAUAAAGUCAACAAUGGUUACUUCUUUGGUAGUUUAACAUGGACUGAUGGUGUUCAUGAUGUUAAAAUCCCUGUCUCUGUUAAGACAAAGAUCAUGAUCAAGUCUUUACAAUGA